AUGAAGAAAGAUUUUGGUCUUGAUAUAAACUACUGGAAUAUGUGGCAAGCUAGAGAGGUUGCUCGUGAAGUGGUUCGAGAGAGUAUAAGACCUGGAGAAGAGCUUCUUGAUUUGGGUACUGAUACCAUUGGUCAAUGUUUGCCUCCCGAUGCCCGUAGGAGUCCAGGAAGACCAAAAAAGAGGAGAUACCAAGGGAUUGAAGAAACGAUAAUGAAACGACCAAGAAAACAACAUGCUUGUUCAAGAUGUCAUCAUUCGGGGCAUAAUCGUGCGACAUGUGAUUUCGUUGGAGUUGUGAUGUGA